UAUGGAACGGAAUAAUUAUUCAGCCAGGGGUAACAGGAGCCAUACUGAUAGAGAUUACGAUGAUGCUUAUGCCUAUGGCAUCAAGCCUAGUUAUGAGAUUAACCUCAACCUGCUCAAACAAGGAGCUCUAGUUCUUAAAUAACUCAAUAAAAUGAGUCGACGCAGAUAUCCAAAAUGCUGGUAUAAACAAAUAAGAAGAUUUCAGAGAACUGUAAAAAGCAGUUGGAGAAGCUACAGUCUAUAGUCACCUCAGACUUACAGACAAAUGAUGGCUCCAAACUUCCUGUAGAGCAGAGGGUAUCAAAUGUUUCAUCUCAUAACUUCAAAAUCAUCAGAAAGAAGAGAAAGAGGAUGAAGAAAGGCUUUAUCAAGAAGGUUAGAAAUAUAUUUAUGUCAAAAUAACAAGAAGUCAAUUGAGAGUGUUGAUAAUAACAUGAAGUAUUUCACUUCAGUGAUCAGAAAAACAAACCAUUCAGUAGCAAGAGUCAGAGCAGAUAAAAAUUUAACCCAAGAUUCAGAGAGGUUUCAGUCAAAUAUACACAAAGGAAUGAAUGCAUUUGAUAGAAGAGGUAUCAAGAAUAGUGACAAAAAAGUAGCUGUAAAAGUUGACUACAACACCAGGGUUCUUAAGCAAUAUGGAAAAUUAGUGCAAUGCUUUGAUUACAGAGACAGGUCAGCCAGCACUCAAAGCAAUAGAGUUCAUACAAGUCUUUCAAACAAUCAUCGGGAUGUACCUGAGGCAUUUAUAAAACGUUCUUCUAAAAACAUCUCAUUCGAUCUCCUCCCUCAGACAACCCUAUCUUCAAACCCUAAAGCUUACACAAGUGGAGAGAGACUAGCUUUAGCCAUUCAGAAUUCCAAGCACAAUUUAAAAUCCUUAAGAGCAAAUCUAAAUCUGUCAAAGACGAAGAAGCCGCCCAAGUACUUGAAUUCCUUGUUUCAAUAAUUCCAGA